AUGGUUGCAAAUGAGCGAGAGCGUCUUCACAGGCACAUAUCCAAAUCGGCAGCAGAUCUUCCUGAAGAGAUACAAAAAGAAGAAAUAACACCACAAGCUUCUUCUGUUCCCUCCAAUUUUGCACAAAGUGUGCCUCAACUUACGGUAGCUCAAAAAACGCACAAUUUUUUCAGCACUUUGAGAAAUCGUUGGUGCAAAAAUAAAGAAAGGAAAAAAAGAAGAUUAGGAGAUGAUUUUAUUCAAAAAGAUGGUGCAAGCACGGAUUAUGCUGCUGAUAAUUCAUCUGAUCAUAGUAGUUCUGCGACUCAAAGUCCACAACAUAGAAUAAAAGCUGGAAGCCAUGCUUCAGAAAGUAAUAAAUUAUUAUUGAAUGCCCCAACUUCCACGUCUCUUCCAUUUGAAAAUGCCUUACCGACCCUUCCACUUUUUAUGACUAGUAGCGAAUGUAGAAAAAGAGAAUCUAUUCUUCGGCAACAUUCCUUUUUUCAACUUCGAGUUCAUUUAAAAAGAGGUGUCGAUCUUAUUGCAAGAGAUAAAGGAGGUACGAGUGAUCCAUACGUUAAAUUUAAAGUUGGAGGUCGUUUGUUGUACAAAUCAAAAACAAUUUACAGGGAUUUAAAUCCAUAUUGGGAUGAAACGUUUACAAUACCUAUUGAAGACGCCUUUGCUCCCGUCCAUAUCAAGAGUGAAAAAAUUGUUAAAGUUGCGGGAUGUAAUGAAGUUGUAAUGUUUAAACAUUGUAACGAAAUAAAAUAUUUUCAAAAGAGUAAUAAAAUCGGUGAAGUAAAUCGUCGUUUAAAAAGUCAAAUAUGGAGUUCUGUCGUUACCAUUGUUUUAGUAGAAGGAAAAAAAUUACAAAAAGUUGAUGUCGAUGAUUAUUGCGAUGUUUUUGUCAAAUUCAGGUUGGGAAGUGAAAAAUACAAAAGUAAAAUUGCAUUUAAAACGAGUAAUCCAAGUUGGCUUGAACAAUUCGAUCUUCAUUUGUACGAUGAUCAAAAUCAAGAAUUGGAAGUCACGAUAUGGCAUAAAGAUAAAUCUCGUGAUGAAUUUUUAGGGAGGUGUACAAUCGAUCUUUCUUUAUUGGAUAGAGAAAAAACUCACGGAUUAUGGCAAGAAUUAGAAGAAGGAGAUGGUACAAUACAUUUACUUCUUACAAUAAGUGGUACUACAGCAUCCGAAACUAUAUCUGAUUUGACGACUUAUGAAGAAAACAGCAGGGAAAGGAAAAACAUUGAGAAAAGAUAUGCAUUACGAAAUUCAUUUCAUAAUUUACGAGAUGUCGGUCAUUUAACGGUAAAAGUUUACAGAGCGACAGGACUCGCAGCAGCGGAUUUGGGUGGAAAAUCUGAUCCUUUUUGCGUUUUGGAACUCGUUAAUGCUCGAUUACAAACACAAACCGAAUAUAAAACUUUGUCUCCAUCGUGGCAGAAAAUUUUUACAUUCAACGUGAAAGAUAUUAAUUCAGUUUUAGAAGUGACCGUUUUUGACGAAGAUAGAGAUCAUAAAGUUGAAUUUUUGGGUAAAGUUAGCAUACCUCUUCUUCGUAUACAUAACGGUGAGAAAAAAUGGUACUGCCUUAAAGAUAAAAAACUUCACGGUAGAGCAAAAGGAAAUUGUCCGAUGAUUCUACUGGAAAUGCACGUUUUAUGGAAUCCAAUUAGAGCCUGCAUUAGAACAUUGAAUCCGAAAGAAUGCAAAUACAUGCAGGGAGAAACAAAAUUCAAAAGGCAAAUUUUUGUUAAAAAUGUUCUUAGACUUAAACAAAUUAUUAUGGUUAUCAUAGAUUGGGGUAAAAUGAUUCAAGACUGUUUCGAAUGGGAAAGUCCUGCCCAAAGUGCUUUUGCUCUUGUUUUUUUUGUUGGGAUUUGUUAUUACUUCGAACCCUACAUGAUUCCUGUUGCUUUGAUAAUUAUCUUUCUCAAACAAUACAUGGUUUUAUGGUUAACCGGAGGGAAAUGUGUCGAUAAUAUUGAUGACGUCAUAGGCGACGAAGAUGACGACGAUGAUGAGAAAGAUAAAGCAAAAAAGAAAAGUUUAAAAGAACGUCUUCAAGCCAUUCAAGAAGUUACUCAAACCGUUCAAAAUGCAAUCGGAUUUAUUGCAUCUUUGGGAGAGCAAAUUAAAAACACUUUUAAUUUUACGGUACCUUUUUUAAGUUACUUAGCAAUUGGCCUUACGUUGAUUGCGACGAUUGUAUUAUACUACGUACCUGUUAGAUAUUUAAUUAUGAUGAUCGGUGUUAAUAGAUUUUCUAGAAAACUUUUAAGGCCUCACACGAUACCUAACAACGAAAUUUUAGAUUUACUUUCAAGAGUUCCAGACGACGAAGAUUUGGUAAGAUAUUAUAAUUUAUUAAAAUACCUUGAAACCUUUAAAGAACUACGUCCUUAUACAUCUGGAGAAAUGGAUAAACGACGAGAUCAAAGGAAAAAAAUUAAAUCAUAG